AUGGCGACUCAAGACUGUGCUGUUUCUAAGGCAGCAAACGAGAAAGAAACAUCUGGCCAGUUGUUAAAUGUCUCACUUGACAUCGCUGUGACUGGAAAGACAGGAUCUGGGAAAUCCUCCUUUGUGAAUCUCAUUCGAGACCUAAGUGACAAUGAUAAUGGAGCAGCACCUACUGGUGUCACAGAAACUACAACAGAGCGCACCAUGUAUGUGCAUCCUACAUUGCCAAAUGUGAAAAUCUGGGACCUGCCUGGAAUAGGAACUCCAAAUUUCAAAGCAAAUAAAUACCUUAAAUCUGUCAAAUUUAAAACCUAUGAUUUUUUCAUUAUCCUUAACUCAGAGAGGUUCACUGAGAAUGACAUCAUGCUGGCUAAAGAAAUAAGAAAACAGAAGAAAUGUUUUUAUUUUGUUCGUUCCAAGAUUGACAUCGACAUCGAUUCAGAGGUAAGGAGAAAAGGAUUGAAUGAGCAGGACGUUCUUGACAAAAUAAGAAAGUACUGUGUGAUAAACUUGAAUAAACUGGGAAACGCUAAAGUUUUCUUGAUAUCGUCUGUUGAUUCGGGGAAAUAUGAUUUUGAAAAGCUUCAAAACACACUCGCAGAUGAUCUUCCGGUCCAUAAACGAGCUGCUCUUCUUCUAGCUUGGCCAGUGUGCUCUGCUGCAACUCUUGAGAAGAAGAUCAAGUUAUUUGAAGAGCUGACCUGGGCUGCAUCUCUUGCUUCUGCCGGUAUAACAGUGACCCCUGUGCCUGGCACAUCAGUAGCGUGUGAUGCAGCCAUUGCAUUGCUUUUCCUUUCAAGGUGCUAUUAUGCAUUUGGUUUGGAUGACAAAUCACUGAAAAGGCUUUCAGAAAAAGUGAACAUACCCUUGCUGGAAUAUCGGGCUGAAUCAAAGUUCGCUAAUGCCAUCCAAAAAAAAGAAUUGAGCACACUACAUGUUGGUGCGUCGGUUGUAGCAAUGUCCACCGUUGCAGAUUUGUUGAGUCUCCUUCCAGGUGUGGGCAGUGUUUGUGCUGCAGGGUUGUCCUUUGCUUCGACUCAGUGCCUCUUGAGAGAAGGAUUAAAAGAACUGGCAAAUACUGCUCGAGUAAUCAGAAAAGCAGCUGGGCUGGACACAAUCUAGUAACUCCUAGCUGGCCUGACCACGUCUUGUUGAAGAAUGUCUGGGGUCUUAAGCCCGGAAUAC